AUGUCGAAUUCAAAAGUUAAAAAAAGGUGGGUUAAAAUCCUUCUACCAUGCAAAUUAGGUCAACUUAAAGGAUGUAGGUUUUUGUUCUCUACAGAAGAUGUGAAAGGUGAUCCACUAAAGCAAACUCCCAGACAUAUAAAACGUGCUGUCUACAGAGAACAUUCGGCGUAA